ACCCAUUCUCGCCCAUCCGCGACCCUGCGCGGAACGAGAAAUCAAAGAAGGCCGCUGAAGCCCAUGGAGGACCUGCGCAAAGAAGCCUCGCACAACUCAGCGACUGAAGCCGACCUCCGCCACCAAGCGCCAGCGCCAGGCCGCCACUGGGCCACCGGCCACCGCACUCCGCCUCCACGGCUCCACAGUCCGGUAACAUCAGGUUCAUAUAUUAUAAUCAGGGCCGGCCCAGGGCAUGGCUCUUUUUAAAUAAAAUGGCCUCCAUUUUCUCGGGACCGGCCCUGUAGGAUGAUAGAGGAUUAGUAAUAGGUAGGCAACUGAUUGAACAUCGGUGCAUCCCAGAUUACUGCCAGCUUUACUGUCUGAUAGUCAUUUGGUGCUGCGAUUUGUGGAGUAUCAAAUAAAAAACGGAACUUCAGCAGCAAUGGAAAAUUGUUUUACUUGGGAUGGAACAAAACCCUGUGGAAACCCUUUCCGUUUUAAUCCGCCGCCUAGCCGUAGACCUUUGAUGAGUGAAACUUGCCGCACACUACUUUGCAUCCUAUCCAGCUGCUCCACCCGUUCAGAGUUGCAACAUUCCCAACAAAUACAAGGAAAUGGUACUACUACUCCUAAGGAAUUGGUUGAUCAACAUUUGGAGGCUGAAAUUAAGUUAGUUGAUGCUACUGAUGAUGAGAAGAACAACGGUCAUGCCAUUUGGCAGGACCUAGGUGAUAUCAUUGAUGCACAAAUGAUGGAUUGUAUAGAUUCAUUGGAUCAAAUUGAAGAUUCAACAGAAUGUGAAGCGCAAGCCCCUCAAGAAAAUGGUGCUAACAAUGGGGUAGUGAGUUCAGUCUCUCUGGUGGACACCAAGCAAGACAGUACUCUUGACUUUCAGUUGCAUGGUGAGGAAGCAGAGAAAUCAAACAUCCGAGACUUACAAGCAGAGGAAUCCGAUUUUGAAAAACCGCAAAAAAUGGAUACAGAAAUCUCUAUUGGAGAAGCUUGUGCGACUAGAGGAGCAUGUUUACAUAUAGAGUCUGAAUCAUCACAGCUUGUUCAGAGUGAUCAAGAGAAAAACGAUAUUGAUGAGAAUGAUGUGUUGGGAGAUACGGAACAUGGAUUGCAACUUAAAGAGUUGGAACCGCAAAACUUGAUUUCUCCUUUUGGACCCCCAAACGUAUCAGUUAGUGAAGAGGUUGAAGAAGGACAAAUUUCUGGAGAUGAUGAGGUAAAUUAUUAUGAACCUGAUGAUUGCAUGAUUUUUGAAGAGGCAGUUUCACUCGAACAGGAGAUUGCUCGUGUGUGUACCACAGCUAUAAAAGAACCCACUCAUGAUGUUCUGGAUACUAAACCUGAGGAAAAGGAUGUUCUAACUUCAGUUUGUAAUGAAUCCAAGAAGUGUAUUCGAGAAUUUUCAAAAAAGGUGGAGGAGAAUGACUUUGAGACUGUUGAAUGCAAGAAUGGCGCUGAGAGUGAGAAAGUUUAUUUUUCAUUUGAUAAUGUUAUAGAGAGGGACAUAGUUACUAAUCAAAUAGAAGGUGCUAAGAAGGUAGAUGGAUCCGCCGUUUGUUAUCCCUUGAAGACAUCAACCUCAGAAUAUGCUAAUGAAAAACAAUGUUUUGUUACUAAGACAAAGGAUACAAAUAAAGUGACAAAGAAAAGCGUCAGAGGGCCUAUUACUGAGGAGAGGAAGGCAAAGCGAAAGGUCAAAAAGAAGAUUAAGCAAGCCGAAAAGAACAGAAAGUUAGGAGUAAAAAGAUUAAAGCUUCCGCCACCAAUUAUGAAGCCAAAAAAAGUGUCAUAUUGCCACCAUUAUCUGAAAGGAAGGUGCCACGAGGGGGAGAAGUGCAAUUUCUCUCAUGAUACAAUUCCAUUGACCAAAUCAACGCCUUGUUGCCAUUUUGCACGCAAUUCUUGCAUGAAAGGGGACAAUUGCCCUUAUGAUCAUCAGCUCUCCAAAUAUCCCUGCAAUAAUUUUGCUUCCAUAGGUUUUUGCAGCAGAGGAGCCAAGUGUUUGUUCUCACAUGACGUGCCAGCUAAGACAGAAUCCUCAAAGACUCCUGCCUCCGCGGCUCAUUUGGGCUCACCUUUACUUCCAUGUAGUUUAAGCCCAAAGAUGCAGGUCAAUGCUAAUGGCAGUAGCCCUCAGCUAUAUCUGGGUGAGCCCAUGCAAAAACCUGCUUUUCAGACACCAAAGGGUGUAAGCUUUAUUGCUCGUGGGAAGUCAUCAUGGGUGAAGGAGAGUGGUUCUGGAAAAUUUACUCAAGAGGAGAUUCUCUCCAACUCAAUGAUUGCCCAAAAGCCAAAUGAUGUUAUGAAGGAGAGAUCACCUGCAGGUAUACCAAAUGGUGUGAACUUCCUUCGCUUUGGAGGAGCUACUUUGACUGAUUCCACUCCUAAUACAAACUCAAACAUGCUUAACAGAGAUGGUGAAAGUCAGAGUGGUGGUAUAUGUAGAAUUGAGACGAGAACUGAAGCCCACCUCAAACCUACGCCUCGAGGAAUUAGCUUGCUCUCAUUUGGAAAAGCAUCAUCAGAUGGCUCCACUUCAAAAGACCAAUCUAUCCUUUGUAGUAAAGAGCCCAAUAUUGCCACCCCCGUGGCUCCUCGUGAGAGACAAAAUUUGCUAAGAAGAAUUGACAACUCCAGGAACAUGCCGUUUAAGUUGUUAUCUUCUCCACCUCUAUCCAAUCAGCUCUAUGGUCAAUCCACAGCGGGGAAUAGUUUUGGACUGCCCAACUCAACAUUCUUGGCAAGCAUGUUAGGCUCAGCACAAAAGGCCAUCCAAUCAACUUUAGCAUUCUCAGCUAAGAUCGAGCCUGGGAUCAAGUUAGAUCAAUCAAUUGGUGCAUCUGCUGUAACUUCCCAAGUUAUAGAGCACCAAUGAGUUUUCAAAAAGGGUACUUUUCAGAUGCUAUCAACAGUUUCUGGAGUUGUUUAAUGAUGAGGGAAGCAAAGUGUUGCUUGCCUUUCUCUUAGUGAACAUGCAUGAAUUGUCCUUGCGUUUGUUAGUAAUGUUCAAUUUAAGAUGCAAUAUUGCACCCGGAGAAGAGUGGGAAGGAUAAACAUAAGGUUAUCAUGAACACAGUGCUGUGGUUCAUGUAUCACUAAAAUCAGGAAAGAGAAGAAAAUGCCUCAACAAUGGUUUACCAGUCAUUCAACAUUUAUUGAAUGCUCUAAAGGAGGCUGCCUUGAUGAAUUUCAUCAAGCAAGCAAAGAAGAAAUUGCGCAAUAGUAUUGCCCCUUGAGGCGCGCCUCAGCGAUUUUCAGGCUUUAUGCGAUUAAAGGCGUAUCUACUUUUACACCAUAGGAAGGAGGAGGAUGCCUUUUAUGGGUGAGGCGGCGAUAUAAGGCGUAGGAUAUAUAUCGCAACAAAGGCGGACAGUCGGACACAAUAAGUUUGCCGUUUAAAUUGAUUAAUUGGGUCCAGAUUUAUCUGAAACCCAAUCAUAAUUUCAAUAAUUGAUGAAUACCUAUAUUUCUUUCACGCAUCUGGCAAUCCAUCUCAUCUCUUCUCUGUCUCUAUCAGUCGUCUCCAAAGUUUACCAUUUUAAUAUCAACUACACUGCUAUAUUUGUCUUAAUAAUCACAACAUUGUAUCAUGAUCUGCUCUUAGUGGGAUGGAGUAGGUGUAUGCGCAAAAUUUUGGACUACACUGCAAGUGACUUUAAAAUUGAGAUUGGUAGCUCUGUUCCAGAUUGAAAUUGAUGCGAGUCCAUUCUUAUUUCCUGAUGGCGAAUUCAUCAUCGGAGUGCCUUACUGUAAUAAUUGUAUGAGUUAAUUCUUAAUUUCCUGAUCUUUUUGGUUCCCCCAUUUCAUAUUAAUGUCAAUAUGGAAAAGUUUUUAUUCGCUUCAACUUCUGUUGGCUUCGAAUUGGGUAGCCUUCUUCCAUGAAAAGGUAUAAUAGUGUGACGUUUCAUUAA